AUGUUUUCUAAAAUCAAAAACUUUUCUGAAGAAAUGACAAAAAGUCUAAAUGACUUAAAUGAAUCUCUAAAUCAACCACAACAGAACCAACAACCACCUGCAAAACCAGAUCCAUUAACACAACUCAAGAAAGGAUCUAAAAUCCUAUCUGCCAAUACUCCCGAAAUGCAUGAAGUCACACAACCCACCGAUGAAGACCAAUCAACAUCCAAACCAUCAUCCCCUGCCCCUGCACCUGCACCUACCGAGGAAUCACAACCUGCUGUGGUUGACCCAAUGACAAACCUCCCACCCCAGAUCAAAGCAAAAUUAAAGAAAUUCGCCAAAUAUGAAGAAAAAUAUCCAAUCUUAUUAGAAGCAUACAAGACUGAAAAGCAUAAAGGUGAAUUAGUUUCAAUAUUUGAAAAAGUAUUACGAGAAAAUACUCCUGUUAAUUCGAUAUCUGAAGCUGGAACAUUAGUUGAUUAUCUUAAUGGAUUGAAUGAAAAGACGAAAUUGUUAAAUUCUGAAAUUAGAAAAUUGACAAAAGAGAAUUCGGUAUUGACUUUCAAAACCGCGAAAUUGGAAGAAGAGAAGAAACAUCACGACGAAAAUGAGAAGGCAAAGGGCGAGAAGGAAGAUGGGGGUGAUAUGGCGAAAGCUAAGAUUGAGGAAUUGGAGAAGGAGAUUAUGCAAUUGAAGGAAUCGAUAGGUACACAUGCUCUGGAGAAUGAGGAAUUACAUGAAGAGAAUGAGAAAUUGAAGGCAGAUACAGAAUCGAGUAAAGUUGAAGUCGACACUCUUAAACAGGAGAAUGAAAAAUUGAAAACCGAUAUAGAAUCGAAUAAACAAGAAAUCGAGACUCUUAAACAAGAGAAAGAGAAGUUGGAAACUGAAGUAUCUGGAAAUAAAGAGAAAUGGGAAGUUGAAAUUAAUGACAAGACAACUAAAUUAGACGCAUCCUUAGCUGAAAUAAAUACUCUUGAAAUUGAGAUCGCAAAGACGAAGGAAAAACUAGAGGUUGCGUUAUCUGAGAUUGAACAAUUGAAGAGCAGAUCAAUAAAUGAAGCCGGAGAUGUAGAUAAUACUAAAUUCGAGAAGGCGGUACAAACGACCGAAGAGCAGGCACCAGAAGUCGAAGAACCUCAAGCGCAGCCAUCGAUAGAGGAAAAGGACCAGACAUCAGCAGAAGAAAAGGUUCCGGAAUUAGCAGAAGAAACACUGAAAACUGAAGAGACCUCAGGCCAAUUCACGCAAGAAAUAGACAGCCUCAAAAACCAAAUAUUAGACGUUGAAACCAAACUAACUCAAAAAGAACAAGAAAACAACGAAUUAUCAGAAAAAUUACAAACCUUACGAGAACAGCUCAAUGACAAAAACGACGAGAUUGAAGACCUAAGAGAUCUGGUACGUGAUAUAGGAAAUGAAUUAGUGGUAUCCAAAGAUGAAAUCAAAGAUCUUAAAACAAAACAAGCAGAGCAAGAAGCAACUGCUUCAAAGAUUGAUGAAGCUGAGGUACAAAAGUAUUUGGAUACUAUAGAGUCUUUGAAAUCGAAUAUUGCUUCUUGGGAGGAGAAAUUCAAUACGAAAUCGAAAAAAUUGGAUGGGUUCCAGGAUAAAGUAUCUCAAUUACAAAACGAAUUGGAUACAAAAGAUAGCACUAGCAAGAAGGCGGAAGAUUCAUUACGGAAAGAGAUCCAAGCUACUAAAUCGACAUUAAACUCCACUGAAGCAAAAUUAGCAGAAACGAAACGAGAAGUUGAAAACUUGUUGCAAGAAAAAUCAGGUUUGGAGAAACGUAUAACUGAAUUAUCGAAAUUCAAGAGUAAUGAUUCCUCCUUAAAACUUGAGAUAUCUGCAUUACAAGAAUCAAUUAGUCAAAAAGAUAAAACUAUUGCCGAAUCCAGGAAAAAAGUAGAUGAAGUGAUGAAAGAGAAUAAAUCAUUACAGGUCAUGGUUGCAAAAUUACAAUCUAGUAGUAAUGAAUUGCAAAAUAAUAGUAUGGGAUUACUUAAAGAAAAGAGUGAAUUAUUGACUAGACAGGAAUUACUUGUUGAGAAUACGAAAUCAUUGAAUACUCAAUUGAAUAAAUUACAAAGUGAAAAACAGCAAGUUGUUAAUGAAUUAGAUAGAACAAAAGCAAAGCUUGACUUGCUAAUGGCCGAGAAAUCUAAUUCUUCAAAUGAUUUCUUAAUAUAUAAGAAACAACAUGAAGAAUUAAUGAUGAAGACAAAAGAAUAUACACUUCGUAUAGAAGGAUUAGAGGAUGAAGUAAAUGAGGCUAGAAAUUUAUUACAAGAAAGAAAUAGAGAGGGUGCAAGUAUUAGAAGAUUAUUAGUUGAUGCUGAAGAGAUGUUAAGAAAUAAAGAAGUUGAGACUAAGAAUGAAAUCAAUCGAUUGAAUGAAGAAAGAAUGGAAUUGGAAAGACUUCAUAAUAUGACUAUGAAUAGAAAACAAAGGGAGAUUGAUGAGUUGAAACUUUCUAUUAAUGAUUAUAAAACGAAGAUAAAAUCACUUGAGAAUAAGAUCGAAGAGAGUAAGAAGGCUAGUGUCUUACAGACUAGUGGGUUUGAAACAAAUAAGAUGGAUAGGGAACUUAAUAGUACCAUAGAUACAUUAAGAUCAGCAUUACAACAAGCUUCUAAGAAGUCGCAAGAGUAUGAAAAUCUUAAUAAUAUACUUAAGAAAUUAAAUGAAGAGAAUAAUAUGAAAUUUGAAAGAUUAUCUAAGAAUUAUAAACUCCUAACUCAACAAUAUAGAAAUAUGAAAGAACGAUCAAAACUGGAAUCAGAAGAAGCUUUAGCAUUACAACAAAAAUUAAAUCAACAACAACAACAGGCUGGUGGAAAUAAACAAUCGGAACUUAAUAUUGAUUAUUUAAAGAAUGUCUUGUUGGGAUUCUUUGAACAUAAAGAUCAAAGACAACAAUUAUUACCCGUUGUUAAAACAAUUUUCCAUCUUACCCCAGAAGAUGAACAAAAAUUUUUACUCGCAUUAAAAUAA